UUUGCGACGCGGUUCUGUUUUCGAAUUGAUACCGAUUUCCUGAUGACAUUCCAUUGUGAUUGAUGUGCAAUUGGUUCGGAAAUUUGUCUGCAGAGGGACCGACCGUUCGCUUUUGCGACGGCAGUUCUCGCAGACUGGCUCCCAAGUAACUGGAAAAGCGCGCGUAAAUAAGACGUCUUAACGAUUCCUUUCGCGAACGAGGCUCUUGCUAAUCCUUCGGAUUAGUUAUCCUCGUAUCAAGGUUUUUCUCUCCACAAGGAAAAUUUCGUCGACGGUCAGUGACGCGGGAAUGGGUUUGACGGAUACCAGUUUCGAAGUACUUUUGACCCUGUGGCGGGUUCUCGUCGUAGGAGUCGUGUGGACCGAAGAGAUCCACGAUCAGUGUCGUGGUGUCUUGCCGAGCCACAGCAUCGCCGGUUUCGUUUGUUAAUUGUUUUGGCCACGUUCUUUGGAAAACGAGACAUGUCGUCGAGGGUGGUGAAGAAUCCUCCAAAAAUGAACGAAAGCGUGGACGGCAGGGAGACCUGGUCCGGCAAAGUUGACUUCCUUUUGUCAGUGAUCGGAUUCGCCGUCGAUCUUGCAAAUGUCUGGAGAUUUCCCUACCUGUGUUACAAAAACGGCGGCGGGGCCUUUUUGGUUCCGUACUGCAUAAUGUUGGUGGUAGGAGGAAUUCCACUUUUUUACAUGGAACUUGCACUGGGCCAGUUCAAUCGUAAAGGUGCCAUCACUUGUUGGGGUCGUUUAGUGCCACUUUUAAAAGGAAUCGGAUAUGCAGUGGCUCUGAUAGCAUUCUACGUUGACUUCUACUACAACGUGAUCAUCGCCUGGGCACUGAGGUACUUCUUCGCCUCGUUCUCCAGCCUCCUGCCAUGGACCACUUGCGACAAUCCUUGGAACACACCGUACUGUCGUGCAUUCGAUGCGAACAUAUCUUACUCGUUUGACGACACAUCUCCCCUAGAGUCGAGCGAUUCUAAUAACUCGUCUCUGUUUGAAGAUCGCUUCGAUAGUAAUUUGAAUCAAGGAUACAACAAGACGUGGUACACGAGUGCCGCGCAAGAGUACUUCAACCGAGCGAUUCUAGAACUUCACGAAAGCGAAGGUUUGCACGAUCUUGGCUCGAUUAAAUGGGACAUCGCAAUGUGUCUCCUGGUGGUCUAUCUGAUCUGUUACUUUUCUUUAUGGAAAGGCAUUUCUACGUCUGGAAAAGUAGUUUGGUUCACUGCUCUGUUUCCCUAUGCUGUUCUCUUGAUUCUACUUAUAAGAGGAGUCACAUUACCAGGAAGCCUUGAAGGAAUACGCUACUACCUCAAUCCAAAUUUUUCAGCCAUCACGAAAGCAGAGGUGUGGGUAGAUGCUGCAACGCAGGUGUUCUUUUCCCUCGGACCUGGCUUCGGAGUUCUUCUCGCUUAUGCGAGUUACAAUAAAUAUCACAAUAACGUUUACAAGGACGCUUUAUUAACCAGCCUGAUCAACAGCGCAACGUCCUUUGUCGCAGGAUUUGUCAUCUUUUCUGUAUUAGGAUACAUGGCCCGAGCAAGUGGUAAAUCCAUCCAGGAUGUGGCAACUGAAGGGCCUGGUCUAGUGUUUAUUGUUUACCCUGCUGCUAUUGCUACCAUGCCCGGGUCAAUGUUUUGGGCACUCAUCUUCUUCAUGAUGUUGCUUACCCUGGGAUUGGAUAGCUCGUUCGGAGGAUCAGAGGCAAUAAUAACCGCUCUCAGUGACGAAUUCCCAAUUAUAGGCAACCACCGAGAAAUCUUCGUCGCUUUACUCUUCACCUUAUAUUUCAUUGUUGGUUUAGCUUCCUGUUCUCAGGGUGGCUUCUACUUCUUCCACCUGUUGGAUCGUUACGCGGCUGGUUAUUCUAUGCUUUUCGCAGUAUUGGCAGAAUCAAUUGCAGUUAGUUGGAUCUAUGGAACAGACAGAUUCUGCGCAGAUAUCAAAGAUAUGAUUGGAUUUUCUCCAGGAAUCUAUUGGAGAGUUUGCUGGAAAUUCGUCGCUCCGAUAUUCCUCAUGUUCAUCAUCGUUUAUGGUUUAAUGGGUUACGAACCACUGACUUACGAGAAUUACGUGUACCCUGUCUGGGCAAACGUAUUAGGCUGGUUAAUUGCGACUUCCUCAAUUGCUAUGAUACCAGGAGUUGCAAUUUACAAGAUCAUCGUCACGCCAGGCAGUUUCAUGCAGAGACUGAAGAUUCUCACCACCCCCUGGAGGGAUACCCAACAAAGAAAUGCGGACUUGUUGGCAUCGGUAGCAAACGGAGCUGUUCGUCGUAGUUUGAUCGUGGACCAAGACGUGAAUUUGUCGAAGGAGCAACAAGAAUUGACUAAGGAACAAACGGAAGUCAUGAUCCAAUCCAGGGAGGGUGUUAACGGAGAUCCGCCUCCGGAACCAGUCUAGGACAGUGCGGUUGUGAUUUUGCACGGUGCCCGGUUCCAAGUAUACCUUUGCUAACGUUCCCUCCUUUGGAUCCACUUUUAUCCGACUCUUUGCGCUGAAUCAUGAGAUCUUCGAACGCACUCACUUAGAUUUUACGAUAACCCCCCUCGACGAUUCUUCUAUGACGAGGCUUCAAAGACCUCUGCGCAGUGGACUCGAUUCCUAAGAAAAAUCGUGUUGUAUAUAAAGAGUCUAUUAAUAGGUUUUUGAAGAUCAUCAUUCGUUGACCUGGAACCUGUUAAUAGAACUUUAAUUGUUAUUAUUAAUUUUCACAGUCAUUACAGUGUCAUUUGAUGCGCUAUUAAGUGCUUUUGUUUUCUCUUAUAGUGUUCAAGAGAACGGGUCGCAGAUGGUCCAACCUGUAAAUAUUACAGGCAUUAUGAAAUUUCCUAGGUGAACUUAUUGAAUAGAUUACUAAUAUUAUCAUAGACCUAGCAAGUACAUCUAAGGCUCUCUCAUUAUGUAGAAGAAAGAAGUUUCCUCGGGCAAUAGCUUUAACACUUAUCUUCUAAUUAUAAAAAAAACAACAUUUCAAACAGAGAAAAGGAGUUGAAUAUAUAAAAUAUCACAAAUUAAACUUAGGUGACAGUAAGGGAAGAGUGCUAUCCGUUUUAAAGUAUUUAAAAAUAAUAAAAUUUCUUUCCUUUUUGUUUUACAGGACAUAAUAAUGAAGAAAGUGUUCAGAAACAAUUUCUAUUAGCAUAUUGCGAAAGGUUAAUAGGAAUUCCAAAUGAUGCAUACUAUUGUCAAGUUUCCAUUUGAUUAUUCGACGCUUUUACAUCGUCUGGCUUCGUCCAGGCGUAUAUGCUGUGUAGACUAUACGCAAUUGUAACCACCGGUCAGGUGUAAAACGUUACAUUAAAAAGUAGUGUUGUUCAAAUGUUAAGAAAAUGACGAAGCAACCAUGCUUUACCUAUUAGAUAUUUAAUAAAGGCAAUAGAAUUGCAAAGAGCAGGGUGAAGCUUCUAAGUUGAAACGAUACAGUAUUCUAAAACUAUUAUAAUUUACUUUCAGAUUAUAAUAAUUGUGAAUCACAGUAUAUUAUAUUUUCAUUAUUUUUUUUGUCUGGAAAUAAUUUGUACAAGUAUUUUUACUGUGUUACCAUUCUUAAUUACUUAUGAUACAAGUACUUGUUGAAUAUAAUAUUUCAACCUUUUUAUAGUAUUACCAUACAGUAUAGCUAUUUAUAGAAAAUUAAAAUGUUAAAUUGCAAAAGAUAUUCUAUAACAGUUAUCUGUUUUCUUAAUUGUGAGAAUUGAUGAGAUCACAAAUAGUUGAGUAGAUAUUAAGUAUUUGAAAAAAAAAAAAACUAUCGUCGUGAACUUGUUAGAAAAUAUUGUAUG